UUCUUUUUCAGGAGCCAUAGUGUGCUGCGUGGACAGGGCUCUGCGGGAUCAUAGUUGCUGGUCAUUUUCUAUCAAAGCGAAGGUCACGCUCUGUCCUGCAGCUGUCUCGUUACCAAUCUACCUCCAUGAUUGGCCUGCUCGUUAACUAACUGCACAGGAGAUCCAGCGCUCCCCAACCAUCUCGUCCAUUUUUCAACAAUAUCGUUUGUUCUUUGGACGUACCAGAGAUUCCGAGUACAAGGACCAGAGUGAUAUUUUAUGGACGCGUGCUUGGAUGCUCGUGAACUCAAAGAAGCCUGCUGCGCUGCAGGGGUAAUUGUUUGCACAGAGAGUGAUAAAGCCGGGCCUGAAAUGUAUCAUGAUGGCCCCUCGUUUGCAGUCCAAGUUGCGUACAUCAAUGCUAACUAGGCUUUUGUAUUUGUGCUCUCUCCCAAGCAGGUAAAAGCUCAAACACGCUGCCUGCUUACCCACCACUCAUGGACCGUAUACUACAACCUCCUCAGAAACAAGUCCGUUCCCAGCUUGGCUACAUGGAUGGCAGUCUUGCAUACAAGGUCUUUCAGCGCACCAAUAAAAUGACACAGGAUAGAAUCCAAAGCAUUCCCGGACCUAUCUGAUACAGAAACGCUAACCCAUCAAAGCUUGUGCUUGUGAACGCUUUUUCUCUUGGUUCUCCAUUACUUAGAUUUUUGCUUUUUUAGCCGUGUUUUACAAACACUUUCGCUAGUCAUCUGUAUUGUCAGAUUUAUUGUAGCUUGAUGCUUGCACCAGAAGCCGAACCAAGGGUUGGAAAUGCAUUUGCCAGCCCAGCAAGUCGCGCAUCCAAAAGCAAUAACUCUAGAAACCUCUCCCUCUUACUCUUUCUUACCUUUUGCAGCAGAGAAAUAGCACCUAGCUUCCCACCACCAACAAGAACGAUGGGGGUUUGAUUAUGAACUAACCGUCACUUGCUCUUUCCUGGGUUCAAGUCCACGGGAUCUUCCUUCCAGACACGUCUUCAUCUGCUUUUGCGCCAGAUUUCGAGUUAUUAUUGCCGAUAGUGAUGGAGGUCUGGAAAAUAUAACAAUGUGACUAGGAUGCUUUCUCAUAUUCACCGUUCCUCUAUCUUAAUACCCGCAUUCUCUAGACCUUGAUAUCCGUUUAUUGUUAUUAUUAUUGCUAUUACUAUUAUUAUUCUUCUGGCUUUCUCAACCUAUUUUCGCUGAGACCUGGCCUCAGAGCCCUUCGCUCGUCGACCUCAAUAACUACUUGCUCCUAUUUCUCCUAGGUAUUUAUCUAGGGAGUGCUCAUCCUUAUCAUACACAGGCCGCCAUGGGCGACGUUGGUGAACCCCUGACUCUCCAAGAGGAGAUUGAAAAGGGCGUUUCGGAUGUUAGUAGAGCUAUCAGUGCUUCGUUGCGCCCAUUACCUGUUGCGUCCGGGGAUGGUACCUAUCUUCCAACGACACAUACAACCGGUAUUUUGGAUGACCUUGCCCACAUGAAGCUAGGGGAUGCAGGGACACUCGCAGAAGUUGCUAAGCUAGCCGCGACUGGCCAACUAAUUGAUGAUAAACGUUAUAUCAUGGAGAGGAUUAUCCAGGUACGAUGUGUCUUAUAUAGCUUGAUUAGGGAACUUAUUGUGCUGAUGAAUAAAUGAAACAGCUGGCAGCAUCCCUACCUAGCACAUCUAAGAAUGGCAGCGCGUUAACAGAAGACUUGCUCUCUCAACUAUGGAAUGAUUUACAGCACCCCCCACUCACGUAAGGUUGUGUUUCAAGACACAUCUACACUCUAAAGUACUAACGCACUUGAUAGACUAGUUGGCCUUGAAUACAUGUAUCGAACUGCGGACGGAUCUUACAAUGUAAGAAUAUCCCAGACAUUUCAAUAUUUGAGUUAUUUGAUUAUUAACUCGUGGUAUAGAACAUAUUCCGCCCAGGUGUCGGGGCUGCUGGGUCGAGCUAUGCAAAGACUGUUCAGCCAAAAUCUGUACAACCAGUCAACCUUCCAGACCCGG